GCUGGGAGGGAGCCAAAGUGGCCUGGGAGACUGGGAGGUGGGAGAGAGGAAGGCAUCAUCAAUGUACUAAAGGACCCCCCCAACACCAGGCCCAGAGAGUGUACAGCCUCGGAGUUGAGCACGCAGACCCCCCAGAAACCGUCCAUUCCAACCAGCAGGCUGCCCUGUGCCCCCCUGCCCACCAUGCAGCCCCAGUCAGUCCUGCACAGCGGCUACUUCCACCCACUGCUUCGGACCUGGCAGACAGCCGCCACCACCCUCAGUGCCUCCAACCUCAUCUACCCCAUCUUUGUCACGGAUGUUCCUGAUGACAAACAGCCUAUCGCCAGCCUCCCAGGAGUGGCCAGGUAUGGUGUGAACCGGCUAGGAGAGAUGCUGAAGCCCCUGGUGGAGGAGGGCCUGCGCUGUGUCCUGAUCUUUGGUGUCCCCAGCAGAGUCCCCAAGGAUGAGCGGGGCUCUGCAGCCGACUCUGAGGACUCCCCAACUAUUGAGGCGAUCCGUCUGUUGCGCAAGAACUUCCCCAGCCUCCUGGUGGCCUGUGAUGUCUGCCUGUGCCCCUACACCUCCCACGGUCACUGCGGGCUUCUGAGUGAGAAUGGCUCAUUCCAAGCCGAGGAGAGCCGCCAGCGGCUGGCGGAGGUGGCACUGGCCUAUGCCAAGGCAGGGUGUCAGGUGAUAGCCCCGUCGGACAUGAUGGAUGGACGUGUGGAAGCCAUCAAGGCUCUGAUGGCACAUGGAUUCGGCAACAGGGUAUCAGUGAUGAGCUAUAGUGCCAAAUUUGCUUCCUGUUUCUAUGGACCUUUCCGGGAUGCGGCUCAGUCAAGCCCAGCUUUUGGAGAUCGCCGCUGCUACCAACUGCCGCCCGGAGCGCGAGGCCUGGCCCUCCGCGCGGUGGACCGGGAUGUUCGGGAAGGAGCCGACAUGCUUAUGGUGAAGCCAGGAAUCCCCUACCUGGAUAUUGUGCGGGAGGUAAAGAACAAGCACCCUGAGCUCCCUCUCGCUGUGUACCACGUUUCUGGAGAGUUUGCCAUGCUUUGGCACGGAGCCCAGGCUGGGGCGUUUGAUCUCAAGGCUGCCGUGCUGGAGGUCAUGACCGCCUUGCGCAGAGCAGGUGCCGACAUCAUCAUCACCUACUACACACCUCAGCUACUGCAGUGGCUGAAGGAGUGAUGGAGAAAGUAUGCAAGACCCAAGAACUAGAGCUUCUAAAAUUCCCAGGUCUUGGAGAAGUGAAAACCAAAGUAAACGCUGCUUUUAGAACUGUGCGAUCGUGCCCUCUUCCUGCUUACGUGCUGGCACACACCCAGAAGCCCUGGGUGGUUGCUGCCGGCGUGCCAAAUCUUCCCACUCGCAGCCACAUCCUCACGGGCUCUCCUAAGCCUCCCCUUCUCUCCCCUGGGUCAGCCGUGAGGCUCACCUCUGCCACCCUGGCUCCUUCCUCUGGCGUGGCCUCAGCUUGAAAGCCACCAUGAGUCACGGGCAUUGGCUUGGUGGGGCCUGGGAGAAGAGCUUGGCGCAAUAAGGGAAAAGGAGGGCAGUUAGAUCUUGGACCCUAAGAAGCUCUGGGAAGUUCAAAGCCUCUGGCAGCAGAGCUGGGCACACUGGGACGAGGCCUAGAUUGACAUGCUGGGUUUAGGGUUCAGAUUUGCUUUGAUUCCUCUGGAAGGCAGUUCCCACAUAGGCCAGUGAUUUCCAGGCUGCCUGAGAUCUGUUUUACUCUGAGCCAUAAACCCAGAGAAGAAUUACUCAUUAAUGAGCAGAGAAGACUUACUCAUUAACAGGCAGAAAUGCUGCCUAAGGAUCAGAAUUCAGAAGCAGAGAGAGUUUGUGACUGUUGGAGAUGCCACCACCAAAAAGGCUUUGAGUGAAGAGCUAUUUUUUGAGAUCAUCUGCUCUGUGCCCAGGCACAGUGCUGGGUCCUGGGGAUAUAGCAGGACAGACCUCAGCUUGUCUGCAUGGAAUCAACACAAGGAGAACGGGGGGCGACAGACAACAAGAAAACAGACAAAUAAAGCAGUUACAAGUCUAAUAGUGCUUUGAGGGAAAGAAAGGAUCUGAGACAGAGUAACAGAUGUUGGGCCUUUCUUAAGAAGCCCUCCCUGGGGCUGAGGGACAAGGAAAGACCCUUCCGGAAAGCAGAGGGAAGCAGACGCCAGAAGCCCCGAGAAUGACACAGAGUGUGCAGGACCCUGCGGUGGGAGGAGCUUGGCAGGGCUGCUGGGAGCCGGCUGAGGAAGGCGAGGUGGGCGACAGGCCUGGAGGUCGGAAAGGUAGAUCCUGCACCUUUUAGGAGGUUUGGGUUUUACCUUGCAUCUGAUAGAGAGCUAUCUGAAGGAUUUUAACCAGGAGUUGUAUAUGUUCCAAUUUCCCACAUUCUGCUGUUCUGAAAACACCGGAGGGGCAACUCAGAAAAGGCCUGGGUUGGAGGUUGUUGAGAGCCUCAGGAGCAAUGACAGUGGCCUGGACCAGGGUGGUGGCAGUGGAGAGAAGGAAGCAGAAUGUAUUCAGGAUACAUUCUGGAGACACAAUUAGCAGAUUCUGCUGAUGCUUUCACACUGGGGGAGAAUGCGGGAGGGGAUGGGAGGAAACGGGGUUGCCUUUGUGGUUGAACUGGUUGAGUGGUUUCAGUUUAUUCUGAGGGUGACACAAUGUAAUGUUUCCCCCUAAUAAAACUAAGGAGGGGCCAGUUUGCAAA